CUUGUAAAAGUUGGAGUACUGUCUUGGACUGCCUUGAUACCCUUGUGUUGACCAGCAUUUAAACGUGCUAUACCGAGAAGGCCCUGAUAAUUAUCAAUUCGAACAAAAAUGCUGUCUGGUUAUGUUAUAUAUCCAUGUUUAUUGUCUCCAAACUCGCGAUAUCUCUCGACGGGAAGGCGUGAUGGGAUGCAGUUACUAAUGAUUCUGUCAUUUCUGCCAAUACUGCACAAUAUGAUUCAAAUAUUAUUUGUCCCCGUAUGGUCUGCACGUGGGCAUGGGCCCUAUUGUUGCCAUACGGAGGCCAACUCCAACUGCGGAUACUACUUCAGGAGUAUCAAGUUGACGGCCUUUGUAAUAACACUCGAGCUUUGGGCCUGGUGCUCUGGAAACUAUUGAUAAGCUCAUGAGCCGCAUUCAUCCUGGAUAUCGAAUACAAGGACACCGAAGACACAGAUCGUUGCCGCGGGAGGAAUGAUUGGCGAAUAAAGCGAACAUACGAGAAUAACGUGACGAGGCUGCGCAUCUG